AUGGGUUGCACUGACUCUAAAAGUGUGGACAUCAAGAGUGGGACCACUAUUCAGAAUACCAAGAAUAAGGAGAACUUUGACUCAAAUAAUGUUAAGAACAAGAAGGAGACGGACAAAGUGAUAAAAGCCAAGAAUUUUAAUGAUUAUCCAAAGAAUGAAAUCGAGAACUCUGUUCAGUUAAAUAUCGACAUCGGGUCGAAAUUGUUUGAGGAAAAUGAGGAAAAUGUGGAAAAUGAGGAAAAUGUGGAUCAAAACAAUGUCUCCGAAGAGGAGCCUAAGAAGCAUUCGGAUGAGACUGAUAUUGAAUUAAAGGAACAAACAGACGAUGAAAAAUUGGGACAAAAAAAUCCAAAGUCUGAUGAAAAUGGUAACGAAGAAAAGGAAUCGACUGAACAUACAGUCGAGGAAAUUGUUGACAAUUCUCACAAAGAUUUGAAUGAGAAUUUGGACACAAUUGACGAGAUUUCAGGAGAAAGUAUUGAACAGAACGACACAAAUGAAACGGAAAAU